UUUCCAAAGAACAUAACUUGAUUCACUUUAGCAGUCAACGUUUUGAUUCAACUCCAAUUCCUCUGCACUGAAUUGUUUGUCCUUGGAACUGUUUUAGGUGCAAAACCAGAAAGAGAAAUAACAUGGCUGAAGCCGUAGUUUCUUACCUUUUGGAAAGGCUCGAUGGCUUAAUAGUUCAAGAGGCCUAUCUGUUGUUGGGAGUUAACAAUGAAGUCAGGAAGAUGCAAGCCGAGCUAAAGUGGAUGCAGGGCUUCCUCAAAGAUGCAGACAAAAGACAAGACGAGGAUGAAAGAGUUAAAAUUUGGGUUUCGGAUAUAAGAGAGACUGCUUACGAUGUUGAGGAUGUGAUCGACAAUUUCGUUGUCAAAUUUGCAUCCAAUAAAGGAGGAAGAAUCCGAAACUCGGUCCUCCACGGCUUGGAAAUUCAUAAACUUGCCUCGGCGAUUGAGAAGAUCACAUCCAGAAUCUCUGACUUGACAAGAAGAUUACAGACAUAUGGGAUAUCACCAAGAAAAGAAGGGGAUGGAUUCGCAUCGGAGCGGCAAAGGAAGCUCCGAUGGUCAUAUUCCCAUGUUGUUGAAGAACGUAUUGUUGGGUUUGAAGAAAACAUAAAGGAGCUGAUGGUGAAGUUAAUUCACGAAGAACGUUGCCGAGUCGUGUCUAUCUGUGGCAUGGGAGGUCUGGGAAAGACCACCCUAGCAAAGACCUUAUACCAUCAUGCAGAUAUCAGGAGACACUUUGAAGCUUUCGCUUGGGCUUAUAUUUCUCAACAAUGCAGAGAACGAGAAGUUUGGGAAGGAAUUCUGCUGAAGCUGAUCACCCCAUCCAAGGAGGAGAAGGAAGAGAUUUUGAGAAUGAGCCAUGAAGAGUUAGCUAAGAAGCUCUACAAAGUUCAGCAAGAGAAGAAAUGCUUGAUUGUAAUUGAUGACAUUUGGACCAGUGAGGCAUGGGAGUCUUUGCGCCCUGCUUUUCCUGUUGAAACAACUGUUGGCAGCAAGAUAUUGCUUACAACCCGCAAUAAGAAAGUAGGUUUGGAUGAUGAACUGAUUGGAUUCCUUCAUGAACCGGAGUGUUUAAAUGAAGAACAGAGUUGGGAGCUAUUCCAACAGAAAGCAUUUCCAGGGAAAAACAAACCAGGCUUUGUAGUUGACAAAGAUAUGGAGAAUUUAGGGAGGGAAAUGAUGGGAAGCUGUGCAGGUCUACCACUGGCCAUUAUUGUGCUUGGAGGACUUUUGGCAACGAAAGAAACACCGAAUGAGUGGGAUAUGGUGCAUAGAAAUAUCAAGUCACACUUGGCAAGAUCAAAAGAGCGGGGACGACAAGCUAGACUAUCUGAGGUAUUGGCUUUAAGUUAUCAUGAAUUACCUUACCAACUGAAACCAUGCUUCUUACAUUUGAGCCAGUUCCCAGAAGAUUUUGAAAUUCCAACCAAGAAAUUAGUUCGACAAUGGGUUGCAGAAGGAUUUGUAUCCUCACAAGAUGAAGUGGAAGUCGAUGAAAGGAACGAAACCAUGGAGGAAGUUGCAAAAAGCUACUUACAUGACUUAAUAAAUAGGUCUAUGGUUCAGGUGGGAGUGAAGGGUUCGACAGGAACAAUAAAAACUUGUCGCCUACACGACCUUAUGCGUGAUUUAUGCUUGUUGAAGGCCAAACAGGAAAACUUUAUGCAUAUUAUUGGUGUUUUUCCAUCUUUCACGAAUUCUAGACCAAAUUCUGCAAGCAGAAUUCAUAGAUGUGCGAUCCAUUUGGAUCAGAAUGACAAUGAUCCUGCUUUACCAGAAUACCAGAAAAACCCCAACCUUAGGUCCUUGUCCUUUUUCAGUCCAAAAAAACAUAGAAUAGGUAACAGGCGCCUUUUGAAAUCUGUGUUUGGUAAAUUCAAAUUGCUUAAAGUGUUGGAUCUUGAAGGAAUUAAAGGACUUGAGGAGAAGUUACCAGAAGACGUCAUGACACUAGUUCAAUUGAGAUUUUUAAGUCUGAAGAAAACACGUAUAAGAGAGUUACCAAAAUCUUUGGUCAAUCUGGUUGGCUUGCAGACUCUGAACUUGCAGACAAUUGACAAAGUGUCGUGGGAAUCGACAGUACAAGUGCCUAAUAUUUUAUGGAAGAUGGAGCAGUUGAGACAUCUAUAUCUUCCUAAGUGGUGUGGGAAUAUCACGGAUAAAUUAGAGUUGGCCAAUCUGACCAAUUUGCAGACUCUUGUAAAUUUUCCUGCUAAUAAAUGUGAUGUUAAGGAUCUUCUCCAAUUAACCAACCUCCGAAAACUUGUUCUGAAUGACCCUAGACACUUUGAAUCAUUUGUUCAAAUAUUUGAACAUCCAAAUAAGACAUUACCAUACCUGACAUCCCUUUCUUUAAAAACCGACCUCCUUUCUUUUCCGGAUAAGGUAGUUGAUUUACGGAAACUACUAUUAGGCUGUCCUCGCCUUUGCAAGCUGCAUGUAGAAGGAAGAAUAGAGAACUUACCCCGAGACAAUGAAUUCCCUUCAUCUCUCACCAAGUUAACUUUAUGGGGAUCCAGACUUGUUGAAGACCCAAUGGAAGUGCUCGGGAAGCUGCCUCGCUUAAAGUACCUGAGUGGAUGGGAAGUAUUCAUUGGAAAGAAAAUGACUUGCUCUAAGAACAGUUUCCCUCAACUAAAAACUUUACUUCUUCGAGGGUUGCCCAAUUUUCAGGAGUGGACUAUUGAAGAAGGAUCUAUGCCUACUCUUAACCGCUUGGGUAUUUCUGAUUGCUACAAGUUGAAGAUGGUUCCAGAUGGGAUGAGAUUCGUCACUACCCUCCGAGAACUAGAGAUUAGGUGGAUGUCAAGAGCAUUCAAAACUAGUGCUGAGGAAGAUGGGGAAGAUUUCUACAAAGUCCAACAUGUGCCUUCAAUUGCAUUUUUGAACUAAGAUAAAAACUACGGUUAGUGAGUUCAGGAAUGCUGUUAUAUACACACUGAUGCUUUGAAAGCGAACUGGCGCAGGAUGAUGCAGGGUUCUUUCAUUGCAGGAUUCUCCAUUAAGAUCUAGUUUUCUUGCUAAUAUUGUUAAGACUUAUCUUGAUUUAUGCCUGUUGGUGUUGCAUUAACUAUCGGAUAAGUUGCUUAUUUGUCAUGGAUGCUAGGUUGAUACAGCUAAACAUCAUGUGUGAAGCUCAUACUCAUGCAAUUUAUCGGAUUCGUAUGACAUUUGAAUUAAGAAUCGAAAGCAUUUAAUCUUUCAUCA